AUGGCGUCUUCCUGUUCUUCCCUCAGCUCCUCCGCUAGCUCCUCCCCCUUGGUCGACGAGAGCGGUGUUGUAAACAAGGUUGUGGCUUCGCUGCAAACGCAGCUGCGACGGCAACAGGAGCUUUUUAUUCGGGUAAAAAAGUGCGAAGAGGAGAUAGAGAAAUUGAAACUAGGCUCGUUACACACGGCAUGUGGGGGCCUCUUACCUCCACCAGAGGCCCAAAAAGACAGUGGGUGGAAGGCUGAGUGCGAGGAAGGCGCUAUGAACGUUGGGGCGGAAAAGAUGUGCGAUUACUGUUUCAAGUUGGCACCCUGCAGGCCGUGCCCAGCGUGUGAGCACGAGUGGUACUGCAGUAGUCCUUGUCAACGGCUGCGGACCCAUGUGCACCGUUCGUUCUGUCGGCAUCGAAGGCGGGUGAAAUGA